GCAACAAGUGAUGAACAGGGAAAUGUCCGGAAAUCUAAAAGGACCAUGAGAAAAAGACAGACUGAAACCUUGGAACAGGCACUCAAAAUUCAUGGUGGGAAAGCGAACAACCACCUUCCAGCUGCUGUAGGACUAGUAGAGACACUGUGUACUAAAUUCAGUCAGAAACAAUUAGUCACAACUGUUUCACGAAAGAGAAAAUUGUGUGAAACUGUUUUCCCUCAAAUCUAUAACAAUAAGGGAAAAGACUUUGAAAAGUCACAAGAAAAUGUGUUGCAUAGCAUUGCAACAUAUUUUUGUAAGGGAGUGAUGGGUAAAGCUAAGUACAGGUCUGUGUAUCAAUCCGUCUCUAUGAAAAAGGGAGUUAAGAAAGGAUAUAAACGUUACAGAUUGAAAGUAAUGGGUUGUAAAAUUCCAUCCCUGCUCCCAUACAACAAACUGAUGGAGCAUGUAAAAACCAUCGACCUUGGCAAAAUAGGUAAUGUAGGAGAAGUGUUUUGUGCAGAUCUUAAAGAGGAAGAAAAAGUGAAUGGCUGUUUCAGAUACUUAACAGAUUUCCUGCCAUCACUUGCCUCUUUUUACUUAACUUUAGAGCAACAAACAGAGGAGAGGUUGUUGUGGUUUAACACACCUAACACAUUUCAGGUUGUUCUUGGGGGAGAUGGUGCCCCUUUUGGGAAAGAUGAUACAGCCACUGCUUGGAAUGUUAGUUUUCUCAAUAGGGGACAACAUAUCUUAAGCAGUAAUGAGAACUUCCUCAUUUUUGGAGCUAACUGCUCUGAAAGUUCUGUUCCCGUACAAAGGUAUGUGAAGCACCUCUUACAAGAGAUGACCACUAUCGAAAACAAAAGCUACAGUAUUAAUGGGAGAGACAUCAAAUUUAAGUUUGCAGAGUUUCCUAAUGAUCUCAAAAUGCUGGCAUUCCUUGCUGGAGAACUAUCUUUAAGUGCCAGAUAUUUCUCAACCUUUGGCAAUGUGAGCACUACUGACUGCAGUCAUGUAAAAGGGACUUUUGGAGCUGGUCCUGGCAAUAAAUGGAAGCCAUGGGCCUAUGACAAAAGGGUGGCUGUUGCAAGGGAGGUUGAAAAGGUAAAGAAGCAGGUCAGUAAACAGAAAGUUUCAGAGAAAACAAAGCGAAAAAAAGUAACUGACUUCAUUGCCUCGAAAGGCAGUAGACAAGAAUUUGAACCAUUGGUUGGAAAGUUUAUUGAUAGAACACAUGUCGAACCAUUACAUCCAAAAAACAAUUCUUGUCAGCAAUUAUUUACCCUGAUCCUAUAUGAAAGCAUUGGAAAGUCAGCACUUGCAUCAAGCAUCUCAGACUUUGAUGCUGUGCCUUGUACAUCCCCAUUUUAUAAAUUGGUCAACUGCCUUCAAAAAAAGGUCAAAAUAGGUCGUCUUGCUAAGAAAGUUUCAACAUCAAUAAAAUUAAACUGA